GGACUACUCUCGACAAAACCGCAUCCGUUCCCGUUAUCCCUCCGGUGUCCCUUCGACGCGUCGCGCGCUCGGCGACGCGCUGACGGAUUCCCGGCGGCUCGAACGGCGCGUAAAUAAAUAUCGCGGACACGAUGAGGGACGAUUAGCGCGUGCCGUGGGGCGCGUCUAGUGAUGCCCGGUUUAGAGGGAAGUAUUUCGCACGACACGAGUCCACCUCCCACGCGCGCCCUAAUGUCCGAUGGGGAUCAUGUGGUGCCCGAGCAAGUGAAAAGGUUCGUCUUCAGAGCGCGGAAGACGCAGGGCUGCGCGCAAGGCGACGAGCGCGAGGAGAGCCUGGAGAUCCUCAUACCCGAGUUGCUGCAGGCUAAUUACAGCUUCUACACCUGGCCCUGCGCGCCUGUGCUCGCCUGGUACCUCUGGGAGCACCGGGAGAACCUGGUCGGCAAGCGGGUGCUGGAGAUCGGGGCCGGCACUUCGCUGCCCGGCAUUCUCGCCAGCAAGUGCGGCGCGAUCGUGACCCUGAGCGACUCGGCGAAUCAGCCGAGGACGCUGCAGCACAUCAGGAGGUGUUGCGAGUUGAACGGGAUCGCGGAGCAGGUCCAGAUCGCCGGCGUCACCUGGGGCUUCUUCCUGUCCAGCCUGUUCUCGCUCGGGCAGCUCGACCUGAUCAUCGGCUCGGACUGCUUCUACGAGCCCACCGUGUUCGAGGACGUAGUGGUCACCGUGGCGUUUCUACUGGAGAAGAAUCCCUGCGCGAGAUUCCUCUGCACCUACCAGGAGCGCAGCGCCGACUGGUCUAUCGAGCAUCUGCUGAACAAGUGGGGACUGUCGUGCGUGCACAUAGCGCUGGACAGUCUCGGCACGAAUUCCGACGUUAAUCUGCACGAAUUGAUGCAGGAUCAUACGAUACAUUUGUUGGAUAUACAACGAGCGGGGUGAGUCCGAAUCGAUCUCCCUCCUACC